AUGCGGCCAUUUCGCGAAGGUGGAGGGUACUGGCUGUAUGUCCCGAAGCCUUGGAACGGUAGAAAACGCUACGGUAUUCCGAAUGGUAUCGAUAAAGCUAAAAAGAGCAUACGACUAUUCGAUAUAAUCGAAAAAUUGCAGUCCAGUAAAAAGAAGCACAAGCAUAGACGUCAAGUGCGCAUUAACUACGGAGACGGACAAUCCCUAUUUCUAUUGCCAAAGACACUUUCUAAAGGGAUACAUCACUGGAAUUCGUACGAGAGUCGUUUCAAAGAAUGGAUGGAAAAAAUUUCCAAGAGUGAGUCGCAUAAUGCUUCAGCCGACUUGUCUUCAGCUUUUGAAUGUGGUAGCUCAUCAAUCAACGAGCUAUCUCUCCUCAAUCACAGCUUCGAAGAUGAUCCUCUUCGUGGUUUUUACACCAUAUGGAACAUGAACACCACAAGGAUACCCAAGACGAAGCUAUCCACUUCAGAAAAGGUUUUCGAGCAUAUCCAUGGUGUGUGGAAAAGUCGUGAAGUGGACCAAUUGCUCUGCAAGACGCCAAAGGGUGGCGUUUCUGGUAGAAUAGAGGAUCCAUCGCUGCUAUCUGCAAAGGGUCGAGAUACACUGCAGAGGUGGUCCAGGGUUGUCACUCACUACGAUGAAGGAAAUGUGUCAGGUGAAUAA